GAGGUCCCUCUUGCCGAACUCGGCCUCACUGAUCUUUUGGUGAAACUAUCAGUAACAGGAAUAUGUGGAACGAAUUUUGCUAUGGCCGCUGGAAAGAUCACUCUAUGGCGCUCUAUCCUAGGCCACGAGGUAAAAGGCCGUGUUAUUCAGCUAGGU